UAUGUCAUUGCGGUCAGUCAGCAAAUCAAAACGCAAACCAAAGCGGGAAAUAUAAAUACACAAAAGCAACUGAAGUGUCUUCAUAAUGAAAAGAGCCAAACGCUGGCUGCUCAUGACAGCGACAGUGCUGUUAUUGGGUCUGCUUGCUUCCGCGGAUGCCGCGUUGCCCUUCAAGAAGGUCUCCAUUGCCAAAACACCCGCCCACACAACCAGCACAAGCACAACUACCACCGCCAAUCCAGAAUCUGAAACAGAAAAGGAUGAAGAGCUGCCUCAUCCAACCGCAGAGGCUGAGGAGAGCAAGUCGUCGGACAAUACAACGCUGACGAAAAACUCCAAAUUGACGGGCAUACCACAAAUUGAUUAUAUCUGGGAUCCAAAUUUGCCACGAGAGCUGAGAGGCUUUAAUCUGUCCACAUAUCCCUUCCUGUCCACCGUUCCACCUAUGAAUGAAAUUCAUUUCAAAUGCGAGGGUCUUCACGAUGGUUUCUAUGCCUCCAUCGAGUACAAAUGUCAGAUUUAUCAUCAUUGUGUUUAUGGCAUACGACACGAUUUUCUGUGUGCCAAUUUUACGGCUUUCGAUCAGAAAACGUUCAUUUGUCACUUUGCUUCCGAUGUGGACUGCGAGGGCUCCCAAAAAUACUGGAACAGAAACGAUGCACUUUAUAUGGCGACGACGACGUCAUCGACGAGCACCACAACCACCACAACGGAAGCACCACCGCCACGUCGUCGGCAACAGCGUCCCUAUCAUCGGCCCUACAAUCGCCGGCCCCUGGAUGAUUACUAUUAUGAGGAUGAACAGGAGGAUGAUUACUAUGAGGAGCGCCUGCCACGUCGCAAGCCACGUCCACGUCCCCGAAAGCCGCAACUGGACUACGAUGAUGAGUACGAGGAAAAACCGGCAAAGCGACGCAAACCCAAUCGUUACAGGGACGAGGAUGAUCUAAUCGAUGAGGACUACGAUGAUCGACGCAAUCGUCCCGGCGCACGUCGCGGCAAACCCACAUCUGCAGCGGCCGGACGUGGUAAAGGAUCGCCACGCAAGCCGGGCCGCGUGGAGGAGCGACGCAGCUUCAAUGAGGAUCGUGGUGGAGCCGUCGACGAGCCGCGACGUGUGGCAGGCAGGAGACGUAGCAAUGAGAAGCGCACCACAACCGCAGCGGUACUCGAUGAGCUGGAUGAGUACGAGAAGCCUUAUGGACUCGAUCAGGAGGAGGCGGCCGAGGAGCAAACGCCGCAGAAGGUGAAGACAACGCCCAAGCCACUGGCCGAGUUCGUUACGCCCAAGGCGGCGGCUGCAUCCGUCUAUGCGAGACCACGUGCACCACCACGGAUCGCACGUCCCGUGCCCAUCAAUGAGAAGAAAAAGUUCUCCUACCCAGUGCAGAAGAAUCCGACUGUCGACACGGAAGAUGAGGAUUACUAUCAAGAACGCGAACAGCCAGAGGAUGACUACGAGCAGCCGGAACAGCCUGCACGCAAUGCGCCACGCAGACGCACUGCAGCAGCCAAGGAGCAGAAGCCAACACGCUCCACGCUGCGCAAGCCGGUGACAGACAAGAAGCCACUCCUCGACGACCAGGACUACUACGAGCCGGAGCGACGGGAGACGCCGCGACGCAAACGUCCCUUGGCCAGCAGAGCACGUACACCGACCCCAGCAGCCGAUGUCGACUUUGUCGACGAUGUGGAUUACGAGGAGGAGCACAAGGUACCCACGCGCACCCAACGUGUGCGCAGCAAAGCAGCUGCAGCGGCACCACCAGCAUCAGCACCAGCAGCAGGAGGAGCAGGCCGCAGGCCAGCACCGCGUCCCAGACAACCCAUAGCACAGGAGGCCGAUGAGGCAGAAGGGGAGGAAGAAGCGGAGCAGCAGCAUGCCAAUGAGGAGUCGCGUGUGCCCCCGGCACGCGCGAAAACCAACUCGCUGCUGGGCGUCACUCCGGCGAGACGCAAUCAAAAACUGGCGCUGGCCAAUCGCCAACGGGCUGCGCUGCUCACAGCGAAGGCAACAACACAGGGGCCACCAGCAGCAGCAGCUGCCGAGGAGGAUCAACAGGAGCCGUUAGAUGAUACUGCGAACGAACCGCUGGCGCCGGCAGCACCGGUUAAGCCCCAGCGCACCGCAUCGGUACGUGUAGUGAAACGUCCAUUUUUACCAUCGCGUGGCGGCAGCCCCUAUUUGCCACGUGGCCUGCAGCCGGUGGGCGUGGCAGUGAGGCCGCAGCUGAGCAGCGAUGCACGCACCACAGACAGCACGCCCAUCGACAUGGGCUCGACCAUAUCGGGUGUGCGCCUGCUGGAGCACGGAGCGCCGCUGCUGCGUGGCAGCACCACUGACAAUGAUGAUGAUGACGAUGCUGGUAUUGGUGACGAUGAUGAUGAUGAUGACAGUGCUGAUGCGCUGCCAGCACCACCAUCAUCCAGUCCAGUGCGCACCACAUUGCCGCCACGCAGUGCGCUGCCGACAUCGGUAACGCCAAGACGGCUAACGGAGCCACCGCCGAUCAAGCUCAAUCUGGACGAACUCUAUGAGAACGACUACGAUGUGACGCUGAACGAUGCGCUCGAUCCCACGCUUAAACCGCUUACGCCACUGCAUCAUCCACAUCAUCAGCAUCAACAGCAGCAGCCGCCGCAACAGAUACACCAUCAUCAACAACAACAACAACAACAUUCACAUCAACAACAACAGCACAAUGCUAACUAUCAGAGCCGACCCUAUGCCAAUCUACGCCGGCGAGCGAUUGUCCCGGCGCAGAACGCGCGUCCACAUCGACACGAAUACGCUGCCGGAGGAGGAGCAGUGAGCAGUAAUCGGCAAUCAGUGGGCACACGACUUGCCCAGCAUUUUUACGAUGACUUUGCAUAUUAGUCGCGCUUACAAGUCUGUAUAAAACAAAGUUUCUUCAGCUGUAUAUAUAAAUUUUCAAAAACAAAAAAAAACCAACUAGACGGCGUCACAGGUGCCCAGGCAACUGCUUUUCCAAACUAUACUUUUUUUAUAUACUUUAGUUCGUUAGCCGCAAGCUAAUUUUAAUUUGUUUUGUC